GUUGAGGUUGGCCACACCCCUAAGGUGUUUUGAGCCAAUCAGAAGUGUCUUUUGCUGGGUCAAAUGAUAAUUUCUGUCCUUCCCUCAAGAUAAUUAAUUUAUGGCCCAUUGUGUGUGAAUCAAUUACAUACCAAACACUUGUACUUUCUUAUUAAAUUACAGUUAUAAUGCAUAAAAAAACUUCCUACUAAUUAGUUUGUUGGUUUUAAACAAGAAUAAUACAUUACACAUUAUGAAAAACAUAAUUGUCAGGGUUACUACCAAGUUAAACCUUGAAUGAGAGUUCUAGGCACUUUGGCUGAUUAUGUGCAGGAUAAAAUUACAGUAAGUUUUGUGAUUGUCAAAGUUCCUGGAUUAAGAUGAGAUGUCCUGAUAUGUGUAUACACUUGAAAAGUUCAUUUGUACAUUUUCAGUUAUGAGCAGAGCAUUUGUUUUGUGUCCUGCUAAAAAGAGUUCAGCGGUUCAGAUCCAGUGUGUGUCUGUUCAAUCUCUCUGUCUUGAACAAUGAGAAUAGUCAUUUAGUAUAUAAUUAAGUGUUUGUGUUUGUAGCAGGGUGGAAGGCGGGGCCGGGUCGUGAUUCCACACACCCGGCCCCUAAUAAGGCUGAUUAAGCCCGAGAGGGAUAAGGCCGACCGGAGACGGCAAUGUGAGAGAGAGAGAGUUACGGACAGCUGUCCGACACCUGUGUGUUUGUGCUUUUGUUUUAGUUAAUCAUUAAAUAUUAUUUAUAUUGUCAAACCGGUUCUCGCCUCCUCCUUUCCAUUGAUGUGUUACACUGGUGCCGAAACCCGGGAAGGAGGAGGGAUGCGCUGUAGUAGAGUCUUUGCCUCUACCAUUCACCCCAACGGAGCAGCCGCGGCCAUCCGCCGGGGGACGGAGGAGCCCGGCCGCCUGAGAGUGGAGGAAUGGCCGCCGACCGCGAGGGAGGAGGGGCUCCUAACCGACCGCCUGGAGCGGGAGAACCGCUACCAGGGGCGUUGGAGACCCCUUUCGUCCACCAAAAACGCGGCGGGGCUUUCCGUACGCCAGGGGCCGGAGGACUGCCUCCAAUCCACCUGUGGAGGUGCGGCUGUUGUCCACGAGAGGGUGGAGGAGCGGCCGAGGACCAAGCUAUGGUGUAUCAGAGAACCGGUGAGUAAAAUCACUCCUCUCUCUCUCCUGUUGCUGCUCCGCGUUGGCCUUUCCCUCUCUUUUUAAAUAUUAUUUAUAUUAUCUUAAGUUGGUACCGGCACCGUUACGGUGUGUAUGUACUGUGUUUUUUUGUUAUUGUUUCCCUCCCCUUGUUCCCUCCCUCAUCCAGGAAGGCGGGGAUGACCUGCCAGCAGACGGGGCAGAAGGCACGUCCCCCCCCCCAGGGAAAGAGGAGGGGGGAUGUACGUCAUGCCGGGGGCUCUCCGGCCUGAGAGAAUGAGGGAGGAAUGUAGCAGGGUGGAGGGUGGGGCCGGGUCGUGAUUCCGCUCACCUGGCCACUAAUAAGGCUGAUUAAGACUGAGAGGGAUAAGGCUGACCGGAGACGGCAAUGUGUGAGAGAGAGAGAGUUACGGACAGGUGUUUGCGCAUUUGUUUUAGUUAAUCAUUAAAUAUUAUUUAGAUUUUCAAGCCGGUUCUCGCCUCCUCCUUUCCAUUGAUGUGUUACAGUGUUGUUCUGACUGAAUGAAUGGAACAACGGAGCUUCUUUUGGAUUUCUGGAGAUCGUGGAAGGUCAGGCGUUCCACAGGAAAUGUCUCAUGUUCCCUAAUUAGUCUAAUUUAAGUGUAGCAAAUAGUUUAUAUCGAAAGACAGAAGGAGUGUCUUAGAUUUCCAUGGCAACCAUGGGGGUAUCUUCAGAAGAUGGCCUUUAAGUCAUGUGAAUGAUUAUUAACAUGAUGGUUUUCUGGUAUGUGCUAUCCUAGACAAGUCUCCUUUGUUCAUUGACAGUUUUAUUGGCCAGAUGUAGGUCAGAUCAGACUCCUUGGCACCAGCAGAGCAGAGUCUUUAAUUUAUGACGUUAAAGAAUUUUGGGGCUUCUCUGUGUCCUAGUUUUAAUAACUUGGAAGGAAAUAUCAGCGUAGCCCCAGGAUUCAAGUCAUCUUGCGCAGAAAUGUAAUUGUUAAUUCUUAAUUUCCUUCUGCCUGGUUAGCCAGAUCCUACAGGUGAUAGCAGCAGUGAUGACAGUGUGCUCGUGGUUUUCGAAUUACGUACAUCACUUAAAGCGUGAAGGCCAACUAGAAGGCCUUGACUGGGACAUAUCAUAAGACCACCCACCAAGAUAAAUGUGUCUGCCAAAUGAAUAAAUGUAAAUGUAUUCAUUUAUAGAUGAUUUAGGAGUGGAAAGCAAUUGAUACAUAGGCAAAAAGGUCAAUGAGAAAAUAUUUAUUUAUUAGGCAUGUUAGGCCAGCGGAGAAGGUUUUGCUGGCCCUGAGAAUUUGCCACUGCCAAAACGCAUCUUAAUACUAGGUGUAAACGGGGCCUGAGACACAACUUAACUUCACAGGUCUUCUUCAGUGUGUCUGAUAUCAACAUGCAGGGACACAGAUUAGAAGAACACACAUCUGAAGCUCAGUUAAUACAGUGUGCCCUUGUGACCAGUGAUGUGGUGGGCUCACUUUGACACUUCCAUGCUGGUGGGUGUAAGCGAUGAUGUUGGUUGGCCUUCGGUCACAGAUGGAUCCCAUAUGCUUGAACACACCUUUAUCUUCUGUGAUGGAUAUUUCCCUCCCUAACACCCUCACGGCACACACCAGUGCCCUCUUCUUUGCAUAUUCACUUGAUGGUUUUGCUGGCCCUGAGAAUUUGCCACUGCCAAAACGCAUCUUAAUACUAGGUGUAAACGGGGCCUGAGACACAACUUAACUUCACAGGUCUUCUUCAGUGUGUCUGAUAUCAACAUGCAGGGACACAGAUUAGAAGAACACACAUCUGAAGCUCAGUUAAUACAGUGUGCCCUUGUGACCAGUGAUGUGGUGGGCUCACUUUGACACUUCCAUGCUGGUGGGUGUAAGCGAUGAUGUUGGUUGGCCUUCGGUCACAGAUGGAUCCCAUAUGCUUGAACACACCUUUAUCUUCUGUGAUUGAUAUCUCCCUCCCUAACACCCUCACGGCACACACCAGUGCCCUCUUCUUUGCAUAUUCACUCGGUAAUGCCUGUCAGAGUGGACUGGUGCCAGCGCUGGUUCGAGCUCCACUGCCCGCUGUACCACCCUCACUGGGCAUGAAACACUUCCUCCCCUUCACUCUGGACAGCAGCUCCGCACUCAGCCUCAUUCCCAGCUUCAGCACCAUGGAUCCUGUCCAGAAAGCCGUUUUACAUCAUACGUUCGGCAUUCCCGUUGCCUCUAAAAGGAGAGCUGUCGCAUGCAGCGUGUGCCAUCUGAGGUUUAACUCACAAAGCCAGGCACUGGCCCACUACAAAGGCACCAAACAUGCCAAGAAGCUCAAAUACUUGGAUGCCCCGAAAUGCCUCAAACAGAAGAGUUCUCUGGUUAGCAAGGAAAAUACCAACAAGGAGCCGCCUGAAGGCCACUCUCCCACGACAGUGGCCAGCAACACUGAUGGAAAAGGUGGAAUUCCUGGAGAGCUUGUGGCCCCUUCAUCACCGUCUUCUCCCCUGAUGUCAGGCCCCGUCACGGGCCCCACUGAAGCAGAGUCUACCUCAGUAUCAGGAGGGGAGGAUGGCCCCUCCUUCACAGCCAGCACGCCUCCGCCGGUGGAGCCCGAAUUCGAGCUGAAUUCAGAGACAGAGGAGGAGAAAUCUUUACGCCUGCUCUACUGCUCCCUCUGUAAGGUGGCCGUGAACUCGGCAUCACAGCUGGAGGCUCACAACAGUGGCACUAAGCACAAGACCAUGCUGGAGGCACGGAGUGGGUGUGGCUCCAUCAAAUCCUUCCCCAGGCCAGGUGUCAAAAGCAAGCUAACUACACCCACUAAAGCAGACACGGGCCUGCAGAACAAGAUAUUCCACUGUGAAACCUGCGACGUGCACGUCAAUUCAGAGAUACAGCUCAAACAGCAUAUCAGCAGCAGACGCCACAAAGACAGAGCCGCAGGAAAACCAGCCAAACCCAAGUACAGUCCGUACACCAAAACACAACGAGGACCCACCAAACACACAGUGAAGAUGCCAACAGUUAAAGAGCUGUGCCCACCACUCACAACCAGGAUAAUGUCCUCUCACCUGGCAGCUGUCGCUUCAGCAGCCGCUGCUGUUGGCUCUGCCUUUCCAUUGCGUGCCUGCCAUAACCCCGCCCUCUUUCAGACUCAGUCCCUCCCUGCCGCACUGCUCCGUACCGCCCCUGGGCCAAUCAGGACUGCUCACACACCUGUACUGUUUGCCCCUUAUUGACCUUUGAACUAUGAUUUCUGGCAGACCUCAUGUGCUUGGAUCAUUGCCGUCACCCUCAUCACCUCAUGACAGGCACACUGGCCACAUCUAAUGCGUGAUAUCGCAAUAAGUUAAAAAUGAAGCCAGGUAUCUAUGCAUUGCUGUUUUCAUGUGACACACUGAUGUUAAGCUAUAAAUGUUCUUGUCAAUAUUUGAUUUUUGCAAUUCAAUAUCAUCAUCAUCAUCAUCAUCAUCAUCAUUGCUUAUGAGUAAGAUUAAUUGGUGAAUUCAAGAAUAAUUUGUGGACUGACAGACAAGGGUGAGCAUAAUUCAGAAUUUAACAAUUGGCUCUCUUUCAAUUCAUGAGUUGGAAUUGGAAUUGAUUUGGCGACGCCCCACAGGAUGUUAAAUUUGACCAUUACACCAUUCAUUUGGACUAAUUAUGCCUAUUUACUGGCUGAUAUGUAGAAUGCAUUUUUUCUUCAGCUGUUCGGCAAGUUCAAUAUUUAUUUUAGAAUAUUUCGUAUAUAUAUUAAAUAUACACAUUUUAAAGCUGAAGUGUGUAUCUUCUGUUAAAAUACUUUGUCCUAGUCCUUCCUUGAUAUACAGAGACAACUAUAAGUAAGCCAUUCAUAAUUACAUUUUCUUGAAAACUGUAAUCACUGUCUCUUUAGUGCUAUGAAAAUUCCCGUUUUUCCGUGAGUGAUCCGUAGAGCAUGCGUUGGGGGCAGGACUAUCUGUUUGCUCGAUCUACAGAAGACUAUUUGGAAAGCUGUUUGAAAAGAUUGAUUUAUUUUUGCAAUUCCGUUCAGUGGUGUAGAAACUUCACACUUCAGCUUUAAUAAUAUUUUUAAAAUAUUAAUAGUACUUAACAAAAAAUAUAUUUGAAAUGUUUAAUAAAUUAUAGCAAAAUUAAUG